AUGAGAAACUUCAUGCCUUUUCUUUCCCUGGCCCUGGCGGCCGCAGGAGUAAUUUCUGCCGCUCCCACUCAGAACGCUGAGGCUGUUGUCCAACAAACUGGCUACGUCUCCCGGACCGUUCAUCCUGACUCUGAGAAUAUCAUUCUCCUUGGGAUUGCCAAGUACGAGGAUGAAAUCGCCGAAAAGGUGAAGCGUUCCGCAUUGCCAGGCCAGGACUCCGAGAACAUCAUCAUCCUUGGAAUUGCCAAAUAUGAGGAUGAAAUUGCUGAGAAAGUAAAGCGCUCAGCUCUUCCUGGCCAGGGUUCCGAGAACAUUAUCAUCCUCGGAAUUGCCAAGUACGAAGACGAGAUCGCUGAAAAGGUGAAGCGUUCCGCAUUGCCAGGCCAGGACUCCGAGAACAUCAUCCUCCUUGGAAUCGCCAAGUACGAGGAUGAAAUCGUGGCGAAACGGUCUAUCCAGGCUAGAGAUGAGGCUUCUGAGAACGCUAUUGUCCUCCUGGUGUUGAACUACGAGGAUGAUGUCAGCGCGAAGCUCAAGGGCGCUCUCCAGCGCAGAAGCGAAGAGGGCACCGCAUCCGAGAACGCCAUUGUACUCCUAGUUUUGAACUAUGAGGAUGAGGCCACUGAGAAGAUCAAAGGUGCUCUGCAGCGCCGGGGUGAGGAGGGCUCCGCUUCUGAGAACGCCAUUGUCCUCCUGGUUCUCAACUAUGAGGAUGAGGACACUGAUAAGAUCAAGCGCGCUCUCCAGCGUAGAGGCGACGAAGGCUCCGCCUCUGAAAACGCUAUCGUUCUCUUGGUUCUCAACUACGCUGAUGAAGCCAAGAAACUUCAGUUCUAG